CAAAAUGGCUUCCGGACAUGGCUAGACAAAGUGGCUACCGGUUUCUCAUCUUUCAAAGCUUAACGUUAAAUUGACGGUUAGGCGUCAAAGUACUUUCUUUGCGUUUAUGACGGUGCUUUCCAGAAAUACACAUGUUAGAAAUGGCGUCGUGGAUUUGUUGAAAGGUUCGUGAAUGAAAUGGAAAAUGCCGAGAAUGGAGCCUCGCAAAUGACAUUGUCAACUGAUGUAAACGAAAACACGGAAACGGGUAUCUCUCUCUCUGGACUAACUAUCGAUGCCUUUGACCGCAACGUUAGUAGUGACAGGGGCGUUUACAAGGGCUGCUCUGAAGGCAAGAAGGAUUCAGAUGAAGGAAAUUCAGAAUAUGCCACUGAUCGUGGUGCAGGGGGACUUCGUGGAGGGGUUGAGUGUGGUGACACUGGAAGUACAAUGCUUGGCUUCGUAGCAAAAGGCACAUCUGGUGGAACUAAAAACAAUUGUGUCACCUCAGACCGACACAUCGACUCUUCUUUGAACCAGGUUACCGAGUCAGCGAGACAGUCAAUGGUUGAAUCAACAGCCGGGGGUCGGGGUACUUCAGCAGGAAGCCCGUCUGGCGUUGCUGAUGUUGCAGACUGUCAACCGGACACAGACGAGGCUCACCCUCGGGACUUUUCUGGGACUGUGGGGAAACCCAAGUGUAGCACGGAGCAGGAUAUGCAAAAAGACACCUCAAACUCUAAAGAGGAGCUUUACGGCACAUCGCACUUGUCACCGUCGUGUGAUGGACACGAGCAUCAGCAGAUUUGCCGGUGCCAGGCCUCACAACCUGAGCCGCUGACGCUACGCAAUGGGAGCAUGAACGGCACCAAACAGCUCCCCCCUGUCAGUGAUUCAUGCAGCGAAUUUCAGAGGGAGCCUAUAGAAAAAGUAGGUAACGUUAAAAUGGCUAACGGAGAAGUUAUGUCAACGGAGAACAGGGAAGGGUCGGAGGCCCAAUCGACACAAUCUCUAGGAACUGAGGCAUGUCUAUCAAAUCCGCCGGUGGAAAAUCCCUUGCCCUUUUCAGUGCUGCAAAGCAGCCGCACUGAAUGCAGGGCCUCGGCGUCCUGCACCGGCGAACCGCUGAAAGAAGACAGUGAUGUGUUUGACGAUUCAUACUCUUCUCCAUCACGCCAGAUUCACGGGGUUGACCCAGUCCCCAGUGUUGAAUUGACCAUAGAGUCUGAUACGGAAACUACCAUUAGGCCACAGUCUCUGAAAUCUAUCACCAACAGCACGCACUUUCUAAGCUGCGAUUCCACUCCGCUGAGCCCAGAGAAGAGCAACGCUUUCCUGCGACCCGGUGUGGAGCGGGACCUAAAUUUCAUGGAUGUCAAUCUGAACUCUAGGAACACAUAUGAAAUCAGUCGACGCCAGAGCGCCCCCGACAACAUGCCGGGGGCGACAAGUGUCCCCUCGCCCGUUGCUUCCGAUCAGAUGGCAAAACAGAAAAAGCAGGGCAUCUCUGAUUUCUUUGGCAGGGGCUUGUUUUCAAAGAAGCAGUGCGAGCAGCACAGUGCUCCAGGCUGGAAGCUCUUUGGAAAGGUUCCCCCCAGAGAGAACUGCCCAAAGGAUUCCAGAACUAUUCAGCAGGACAGUAACCAGGGCAGCCUAACAUCUGUUUCCACACCCAGUCUCUUAGGCCCGGCGGAGUACGAGGCCAAAAGGGUUCAGACGGGUCACUCUCCUCCCUCUCAGGCGGCCCACUGCGUAGCGGGCCGCCGCAAGAACCUGGAGUUUGAGCCGCUCUCCACCACCGCACUUAUACUGGAGGACAGACCAGCGAACCUUCCGGCAAAAUCCACUGAGGAGGCCCAACGGCAUAGGCACGAGUACGAUGAGAUGGUGGCCGAGGCCAAAAAAAGGGAGCUGAAGGAGGCCCAGAGGAAGAAGAAGAUGAUGAAGGAGCGCAUCAAACAGGAAGAGAGCAUCGCCAGUGCCAUGGUGGCCUGGAACAACGAGAUCCUGCCCAACUGGGAGAGCAUGCGUGGCACCCGCCGCGUGAGGGAGCUUUGGUGGCAGGGUCUGCCACCCAACGUCCGCGGCAAAGUCUGGAGCCUGGCAGUCGGGAACGAGCUCAACAUCACUCCCGAGCUGUAUGAGAUCUUCCUCUCCAGGGCCAAGGAACGAUGGAGGAUUUUCAGUGAAACAGGCUCGGAGACGGAGACAGAGGCAGAGUCGGGGGCGGACCGAGAGUCCAGUCUGGAGGUGAUCAAGCUGGACAUAUCACGCACUUUCCCCUCCUUGUUCAUCUUCCAGAAGGGCGGGCCAUACCAUGAUGUCCUGCACAGUAUCUUGGGGGCGUACACCUGUUACAGGCCAGACGUGGGAUACGUCCAGGGAAUGUCCUUCAUUGCUGCUGUGUUGAUCCUCAACCUGGAAGAGCCUGACGCCUUCAUCGCCUUCGCAAACCUCCUUAACAAGCCCUGCCAGCUGGCCUUCUUCAGGGUGGACCAUGAACUGAUGAUGAAGUACUUUGCUUCAUUUGAGGUGUUCUUUGAGGAGAACCUCCCCCGGCUGUUUAACCACUUCAAGAGCUGCAGCCUCACCCCAGACCUCUACCUGAUAGACUGGAUCUUCACGCUCUACAGCCGUCCUCUCCCGCUGGACGUGGCGUGCCGCGUGUGGGACGUGUUCUGCCGGGACGGCGAGGAGUUCCUGUUCCGGACGGGCCUGGGUAUCCUGCGUCUCUUUGAGGACGUGCUGCUACAGAUGGACUUCAUCCACAUGGCGCAGUUUCUCACGCGCCUGCCUGAGGACCUGCCCUCCGACGCCCUCUUCUCCUGCAUCGCCGCCACGCAGAUGCUAAGUGGCAACAGGAAGUGGGCACAGGUCUUCCUCGCGCUCAUGAAGGACAGCAAAGACGCAGAGAAGACCAGCAGUCCCGCACUCAAAAGCUCCUAACUACGCUUACCCGAACACAAGCUAGAGAACACAAGCUAGUUCUCACCGUGGAGGACUUUUAACGGCGCAAAAAAAAAAAAACAACAACUUUAGAAUUGUCAAAUUCUAAAUUGAAAAUGAAGUUCUAACUGACAAAAACCAAAUUAUCACGUGUCGAGUUGAGAGGUCACCUAGAAAGCCUAGAGAAUACACUUGAAUCCUCGGGAAAAAAAACCCUUCGCCAGUAUUACUUCCAUGAUCAGGAAAAAGUGUGGCUUUGAAGUAUGUGAGUGUGUGGUUGUUGUUGUUGUUGUUGUUGUUGUUGUGGUUUUUGUUGUUGUUAUUAUUAUUUAUUUGGUCACUGUCGGAACAAUGGCUGCCUUUUCCCCCCAGUAACGCCCAAGCUUUGGUGGGAGCAUGUCCACUUCACAGAGACUUCAGUGUCCCGGCUUCGGGGAGGACCAGACAGAAUUCUGAAAGCACUACCAACCCCCCCAACACAUGUCUCAACUCAAGAUACUUCUCACUUGCACAUGAAGAAGGUUUCUGUCACUUCUAUAAUGCAGGAUGCGACUCAAAGACACCGUUUCUGGUUUUGUCCUUCUUUGUCUCUCUCUCUCUUUGUCUCUCUCGCUUUGUCUCUCUCUCUUCUACUCUUCUGGUUGUGUGUGUGCACUAACCCCUGGAUCCUGAGCUCUGCGCGAGCUCACAGGCUGAGGGAACAGACUGGCUGUGAGUGAUAGCUGUGUUUUAACAGUUUCAAGAAACACGCUUUUGACAAGCAUCACCUCUCUAAGCUUUUUUUUCUUUUUUUUUGUGUGUCUCGUACCAUCGAGAAGCUUUUGGACCAGUAGUGAAGCCUUCGCCCGCACAGGCUUUAGGCCUUCCCUUGUGGGGAGACCGCGCAUCGUAGCUGCUUUUGAAACAGUCUUGCAUUGUUAAAUGGACCGAACAUGUUCUGGACCAGUAACUGUACCACGGACUGCAAUGUUAUGCUAUUGCUUCAUCGAGAAGCAAGACUAUCUAUAUGAAGGUAUGGAGAACAGUUAAUCAGAAUUAUUUAUCCUGAAAAUAUAUAUAUAAAAAAAAAGAAACAACGAAAGAAAACAAAUGCCUGGUAAAUGUGAUUUUUAGCUUCUCACUCUCGCACACUUCCUGUCAGAGAGCAUUAUUAAGAUACAUUGUUUUUUUGUUUUGUUUUCAAAUCUUUUGAAGUGCAAUGGUGAAUCGUAGCUUUAGGACAGUAAGGAGCCUGCAGAUAAUACCCCUCUGUGUGUCUUAACUGUUGAUGCUCCGGCAUCUUGAGUGUACUUACUUGCAAAAUCGAGAGGAAUCUUGAAAAAAACUUUUUUAUUUCCUUCCUGUUUCUGCCGGCAAUGGUUGAUAUGUUACGAGAACGCACCGUCGCUAUGUUACUUGUGCACAACACUUACGUGCUACACACAGUGUCCGUGCUUUUGUGGGCCAACAGCUGCAACUGAUGACCUUUUUUUAAAUGCAGUGAAUGUUUUAACUGUACUGAGAACCUUAUUAAUCUUCCUAUUGAAGCAGCAUUUUUAUGCUUAUUAUAGCGCUCCAUUCUCAGUCCAUUACUGAAGCUUGUUUGUUUGUUUGUUUUGUGGAUUGGUUUGAUUGUAUAUUAUCAAAUACCUGGUUUUAUUUUGGAUUUUAAAGCUCUAAAGUUGUAUGAUUUGAUGUAAAAAUGCAACUGUAUGAUUGAUUUGAAAUAGUACUAUAUAAUUGAACAGUUGAUUCCACUCUUUCUUGUCUUCUGUCUCUCUCUGUGUUGUACAGUUUUCAUACUAAGUUAUGAGUUAAAUGUAAAUAGAUUAUGCCCUUGCUAAAAGAUCAUUAGAUAGAAGUCAUGUAAAUAAAUUGAAACUGAAAAUA